CUCCUUCUUCGUUCUGAACUCAAAAACUAAGCUUGAAAAUAAUGUUUUCCGAAAAAUUCAUUUCCCAAAUCCCAAAAACCUAAAAACCAUAUAAGCUCUUAUUCUUCUUCGCCUCCUACUUCUCUCCUAUUCUUCUUCUUCUUCACAACUCGUCUGGUUCCGAACAGCAUAUCCUUCAACAAAUCUGUAUAUACAUUUUAAUUUUCAAAGCCUGUGCUAUGGCGCUCCUAUUGGUACCAAAAUGCAGAACCUUGGCGAACCCUUCUCUGUUCCACCUUUUCUCCACCACCUCCUCCUCAAACUCAGCUGACCCAGAUGACCAAAAGGACAAAUCAAAGUCCUCCACGUCCGAGUCCCCCUUCUCUUCAUACUUCAGUGAUGUCAAAGCCAGUCUGAGGCAGCAGCAGGAGCAAAGAUCAACUUCACCGCCCCCGCCCAGAAAUUUCACUUUCCCUCAUCCCUCUCAAUCUACUAUUACCAACCCCUCCAAGGUCUCUGAUGCCCUGCAAGAAAUUCGUAACAAUCUUUCUGAGUUCCGCCGCAGAUCUGAUGCACCUUCGCCUUUCUCUUCAGGUGGGCCCUCGAACAACUCGUUUAAGGAGUUGUUGAGCAGAAAUGUGCUUGGUAAGGCGGAGGGUGACAAUGCCGACCAAAUUGGAAAAGGAAACCUUUCGUUUGAAGCUAUUCGUAUGAGCAUGAAAAAGCUAAAGUCAUCUGGAAAGGGUCAGCAAGAUGGCAAUCGUAGGGAGUCUGAGAUGUAUAAUUUGUUUACGAACCGUUUGAGAUUGAAACCAUCGGAUUCCCCUCAGCGGACAACAAUGAUAGGAGGCACUGACAUGUUGCCAGCAUCUGUGUUUGGAAAGGAUACGAGGGAGAAGAGAGAUGGAUAUAGGUUAAAGGCUGCGGGGGCGGCGUUUGCGAGGACAUAUCCAGAGGAGGAUUUAGGGAAUAUGUUGAGGGAGUUGAGGCCUGAGGCCAAGGACGGAGCUUGGUUUUCGAUAGAGGAGUUAAAUGAGAGGUUGAUAAAGAUUAGGGAGUUUGAAGACCGUAAGGCUGAGUCUACUCUUCCUUACAUUCAAGAUUUGAAGGAGAGUUUGGAGAAGAUAUCGGCGGAGGAGGAAAUGAAGAAGAAUUCCACUUCAAUUGAGAGACUCAAUUUAUUGGGCCGGUUGAGUCAAACUCCUAACUUUAUGACACAACCUCCACAGGAACACCUGGUUGAGAAGUAUUUCCAUCCAGAUAACAUGUCGGCAGCAGAAAAAAUGAAACUUGAGCUCGCCAAAGUUAGAGAUGAGUUUAAAUUAUCGGAAUCCGAUUGUGGAUCUGCAAGAGUACAAGUGGCACAACUCACAACCAAGAUCAAACAUUUAUCCACAACUCUACACAAAAAGGAUAAGCAUUCUAGGAAGGGUCUUACAAGUAUGGUGCAAAGGAGGAAGAAGUUGUUGAAAUAUCUUCGAAGAACCGACUGGGAUUCAUACUGUUUUGUACUUUCGAAACUUGGGUUACGAGACAACCCGGAUUACAAGCACUAGACAACAAGAUUGUAUGUAUACUAUAUGUCAUCUUUCUUCUGUCUUUCACUGUUCUUUUGUUCUGUUUUUUUCUCUUGCAUUUUGGUCAAACAUAGUUUGGUUACACUCAUAGUUGUGAUGUGGGAAAUGAAAUUGUAGCAUUAUUUGAUUCAUUUCUUAUUUGUUUUUGGUCCCUUUUUUUUUUUGGAAGCUGGAAUGGGCUGCUAUGAAAAUAUUGUUGCUGAAUUUUCAAGCUGAUAAUAAGAGAGCAGUCAACAACAGAAUGGAAUUUAUCAAUAAGAUUCUUGUUCUUAGUGUUGAUGCACAUUAAUUUC